CCCUUUUCCGUUUUAUUGACGCCUUGGUCGUUUCCUACCCCCGUCAUUCGUUUACCAUCACUAUGAAGCUCCAAGCUUUGGCCGCUCUUUUGACCCUCAUCAGCGUGACGAACGCGCGCGAGUUCAAGGGACGCCAUGCUCACCUCAACAAGCGACAGGCUCCCGCCAGCUCGUCUACGACUGCAACCUCGGCGGCGGGCGCUACCUCGAGCAGUACAUCUGCUACCGGCGCUGCUACCAGCGCUGCCACCAGUGCUGCCACCAGCGCUGCCGGCGCCGCGACCAGCGCCGCUGCAGCGCCCGUUGGCACGUAUGCGGCAACCGACAUUCUUCCUUUGAGUUCGAUAACGUCUGGCAUGCCGACGCUCCCAACGCUGGCCGUCCCCACGACGUUCAGUGCCGGCGCCUCGCCUCCAGUCUCGGGCGCCCCUGUUCUGCCCACUCCCUUCGUAUUCAAGCCCGGAACGUGGCCGGCUCAGGACAAGGUGCCUGAGACUGAUACUGAUGAGGUCAAGGAGUGGCUGAAGGAGCUCGACGGCUUCGACAUCCCGGACCUGACCCCUAGCGCCGACGGUUCCUGCGUCGGGGAUCCCGCUGCUGCAGCAGAUGCUGCCAACCGUGGCUGGUGGACCUGUGGCGGUCACACAAGACCGACCGAUAUCGUUGCUUGCCCUGACAAGAUGACCUGGGGUGUCAGUUUCGAUGAUGGUCCUUCUCCUUACACCCUAACUCUGUUGAACUACCUAGACCAGAAGGACCUGAAGGCCACUUUCUUCGUUGUCGGCUCCCGAGUUAUCGAAAGGCCGCAAGUCCUGGUUGAAGAGUACAUGUCCGGCCAUGAAAUCAGCGUCCACACCUGGUCCCACCGUCCCUUGACCUCCUUGACGAAUGAGCAAAUAGUCGCCGAGCUCGGUUGGACGCGCAAGGCGAUCAAGACCGUCCUCGGGAUUACCCCCACGACCAUGCGCCCUCCCUACGGUGACAUUGAUGACCGUGUUCGUGCCAUUUCUUUGGCCAUGGGCAUGGUUCCCAUCAUCUGGACCAGCAGCCCUUCGGGCAUUCCCUUUGACACCAAUGACUGGCGUGUCGCUGGUGGUCUCGUCACUGGGCCUCAGUCCUUCGAGACUUUCCAGGGAAUCCUCGGUAACGCCUCGACUAUGGACACUGGCUUCAUCGUCUUGCAGCACGACUUGUAUCAGAUCACCGUAGAGCUUGCUACCGGCUACACGCUCGACGCCGCCAUGAACCACAACCCGCCGUUCACCUUGAAAGCCAUCGGCGACUGCAGCGACAUCCCCGUGACCGACCUCUAUCGGGAGACCACGACCAACACCUCGUUCCCGUAUACCAACACCUCAGACGCUAACUCCGAUACCUCUGCGGCCACCUCAGGCUCGCCUAGCUCCUCGCGAGGAAACGGAUCAAACACAUCCGGCGCAUCCAGAGGGGCUAUUGAGCACGCCAUCCCGGGACUGAGCAUCAUCCUGGCUGCGAGCGUCCUCGUCCUCGGUGGAUCGCUAUUUUAAACGAUUCUUGUGGUAUUAUUAGGACAUGUUCUAGGGACUCUUAUAUCCAUCGAAUCUCACCAUACCACUAUUCGUAAUUUCUAUAUUUUUCUAGAGUUUCUCGACAUCUGCUGGAGGAAAUGUGAAUGAUUAUUAUGGAUCCAUUGCGGGGCAUUGGGGUCUAAAUGGGACGGGCAGACGUGUCUACUUAAGGGGCAUGUGCGAGAAUGCGUACGUCUACGAAUCAGUCUUUGACACAAGCGCAUGGAUGGGAUGGUAUGACUGCAGUGUGAGAUUUGGAUGUUCUGAGACAGCGAUGUGCAGACGAUGGGACCUCUAUGUAACCCGGGUUGCAGAAAAUAAUGCACCUGACGGACGCUGAUGUACAAAGUGCGAUAAAUACGAGAGACUAGGAGAACGAGUCGGUGAACCGCACGCUCUUCCUGCGCGAGUGCCGGGACGACUCCUCGGUCGACGUCGAGGACGAGUCGGCGGCGACGGUGACGCCGAACCUGGCGGAUGAGGAAUCGGAUAUGGACGAGGCGCGCGAGCUGGUGAGGAAUUUGGAUAUGCCGACGAUCUUUAGGGGGAAGAAUGCGCGCGAGGAGCGCGGGGUGGAGGGUGCUGUGGACG